CAAACACUCCCUGCUGUCCCCCUCCCUGGCGUUCAUUGACACCCGAUCUCAUUAGCUGCACGCAAUAUGAGGGGUCCCUGCUCAGCUGAGGUGCGGAAAAUGUCUCUCCGGGGCACCGUGAAGGAGUUGGAGCGGGUGGAAUAGCGUCCCUGGUCGCCGGGCUUUAAAAACCCCUCAUGAGCCUUCUUCAGACAAUUUACCAACGUGUCAAGCUUCUCUCAUUGUCUCGGCCUGUACGCAGUCACUCUCCCAUAUCCCACUUUGAUCAUCGUGCACUCAUCACUGGAGUCAUUCAAUAAACCAUCAUGGACUUCCUCAAGAAGAAGAUGAAGGAACUGUUGGACGAUGAUGACAAACCCAAGGACAAGGAGAACAAGGAGGGCAAGGAAAACAAGGAAUCAAAACCUGAAGAACAUUCUGCUGCUCCAGGAGAACGAUCUUUUGGAGAUCCCAAUCAGGGUGGUUAUCCUCCUCAGCAACAAUACCCCCCUCAACAGCAAUAUCCCCCUCAGCAGCAGCAGCAGCAGCAAGGUCCGGGGGGAUACUAUGCACAGCAGGGUUACUAUAACCAGCAACCCCCACACGCGGGUUCGCCCGCACCUUACGGUGGUUCGCCAGCGCCGCCUCAGGGUCCUCCCGCGCCAUACGGCGCCCCUCCACCAAUGCCACCAGGCUGGGUCGCUCAAUGGGAUCAGAACAGCCAACGUUGGUACUAUCUUGAACAAGCUACUGGACGCACACAAUGGGAUCCACCCAUGCAUUCACCACCACCAGCAGGCCCAUAUGCUCCCCCGCCGCCACCGGGUGGCCAGGGCUACGGUGGUCCCUAUGGCCAAGCUCAGGGCCAUGAGCAGGAGCGCGCUCUAUUCGGCGCUCCUCCACCAGGUCAUGGAGCCCCAUACGGUCAAGGAGAUCCGUACAGCGGGGACAAGAAAGAGAAGAAAGACAAAGACAAGGGCCACUCCACUGCCAUGCUCGCAGCAGCUGGAAUUGGAGGUGUAGCCGCCGGUGCUUGGAUUGGGCACGAACUCACUGAGAACUCUGAUGACGAGAGUAAGGCAGCGGCAGCGGCUCCUGCCGCCUACCCUCCUGCUGCUGGUUAUCCACCGCCCGCGGCACCUCCAGCGGAGCCUGCUGCUUUCCAGGAACCACCGCCCGUCCCUACACAUGAUGCCGAUGGCGACUCCAUUUCAAGUAGUGACCGCGAAUCACUCGAGGAGAGGCGCCAGGAGCUGAUCGAGGCCCAAGAAGAGUAUCAAGAAGAGCUCGAAGAGGCAUACGACGACUGAGACUAGCGGUCCCGUUUCGAUUUUUCGGAUUUCGAGAUCGGGACCUCGCCUCUCAGGCC